CAGAAACUCAGCCAGCAGCGACAUAAGCCCCUCCGAGCCCGCGGUUCAGGCCUGAACAUGAGGGGGGAGAGAGCGGCGGCGCUGGCCAGCCUCCUGCUGGUCUGGACUGUGUGCGAUGCCCACCGCUUCCUGGCACAGAACAAGGCAUCCGAGUUUCUGACGCGGCACCGGCGAGCAAACUCCAUGUUUGAAGAGAGCAAGAAAGGCAACUUGGAGAGAGAGUGCAUUGAAGAAUUGUGUAAUAAAGAAGAGGCAAGGGAGAUCUUCGAGAACAACCCUGAGACAGAAUACUUUUACCCGAAGUAUGUAGUGUGCCUGGGCUCCCAUCGUGUGGGCAUCACCAACCCAAAUGCACAUCCUUCAGAUCCUGGAAUUCCUCAGGACCUUCGCACCUGCGUACAAGAGAUCAGUAACCAGUGCCUGCCGCUGCCAUGUCAUAAGGAAGGGUAUGAACGCUGCAUUGACGGUCAUGGCACUUACAAAUGUGUGUGCAAACCUGGGUGGAGAGGACCUCGCUGUGAAGAAGACAUUAAUGAAUGUGAAGAUCCAGACGUUCGUGCUGGUUGUAAUCAGAAGUGCUAUAACUUGCCUGGAAGUUUCCGCUGCAUGUGUGAGGAUGGAUACUACUUGCAUGACAACAUCCACUGUACAGAUAUUAAUGAAUGUAGGCUUUACCCCAGUAUCUGUGAGGAGCCGGCCAAAUGUGUGAACACACAGGGCAUGUUUGAGUGCCAGUGCCCCACUGGAUACAAGUACAACUUUACCUCACGCGAGUGCCAGGAUGUGGACGAAUGUGAGCUGGACGUAUGUGGCGAUGAGUGUGUGAACACGGUGGGCGGUUACUCCUGUCACUGCAACGGACGCAUGAAAGUGAAGCUGGCUGAAGACGGGCAGACCUGUGAGGAGAUUCCUGAGUGUGUGCACCUGUAUGACCACAAGCACGAGGAGAUGCUUUACCUGGGAGAGCAGUUUGCAGGCCUGCCUGUGAUCUACCUGCGCUUCCGCCUUCCUGAGAAUACAAAGUUCGCUGCAGAAUUCGACUUCCGCACAUUCGAUCCAGAGGGUGUAGUGUUAUACGCUGAAUCCUUUCCAGACUCCUGGUUGAUGCUGGGUCUCAGAGAUGGCCGCAUUGAGGUCCAGUUUAAGAACCAGCACUCUGUUAAGGUCACUAGUGGAGGUAAAGCCAUUAAUGACGGCCAGUGGCAUGUGAUCUCUGUAGAGGAGCUGGAGAACAGUAUCAGUGUGAAGAUCAGUAAAGAGGCGGUGAUGAGUAUAAACAGUCCCGGGAGCCUUUUCACUGCUGUCAACGGCAAACUGGAGACCAAAGUUUACAUCGCUGGUCUGCCCAACCGCACUGACAGUGUCAUUAAAAAGAUCAACCCCAGAUUAGAUGGCUGCAUUCGUGGCUGGAACCUGAUGAACCAGGGGGCCUCUGGGGUGAAGGAGGUCAUUCAGGAGAAGGAGAGCAAGCACUGCUUUGUUUUUGUGGAGAGAGGAUCCUACUUCACUGCUUCUGGGCUGGCCCUCUUCAACAUUGACUACAGCUCAAAUGGUCAGUGGAGGGUAGACGUGGUGAUGAGCAUUCGUCCAUCCAGUAGCACGGGUGUCCUCUUUGCCCUUGUUAGCAACAAAACAGUCCCACUGUCUGUUUCUGUGCUAACUCAGGGACCAACCGAUGCAGACCUGCAGGUAUUUUUGGAUGGAGUUCCAGUUGCGACGCUCCAGUCGGUGAUGCUGUGUUAUCCGGAGCACAUGGUGGUGGAGAUGCAUGCGUCUGCAGACGGCCUGCAGCUCAAAGCUAACUCCUCCACUGUUACCUACACUGACAGUGAAGCUCUGACACAGGCCUUGGCCAAGCUGAAUGGCACCAUGCAGCAACCAGUCGACACCUACAUUGGGGGACUGCCAGAUCUUCCCCUUUCCUCCACUCCAGUGUCAGCCUACUACCAUGGCUGCAUGGAGAUCAAUGUGAACGGGAAGCUGCUUGAUUUUGAUGAAGCCGUCAACAAACACAACAGCAUCAAAUCUCACUCCUGUCCACCCGUUUCCCCUCCUGAACCUCCGGCCAGUGAGACCCUCGCUGCGUUAAACAGGAAAUGAUGUCACAGGCUGGAGCAUUGGGGAUACAUUACUAGUGCUGUCUAUCCAGCUGUAAAUACUUGUAAGGAGUAAGAGAGAGGGAGGACGAGCAGAAAUGACCUGAGAAACAAAGUAGUUUGUUUAUUCUGAGGUUGAUCUGCAACGACACUAAAACCUUGAGUACCUUGAGAUCUAGACGUUACUGUAAACCUUAACCUUAAAGGCCUGUAUGUUACAACUAACACACUGGUGUUCAAGUAUUUACCAAAUAAUUUAUAACAUAUAAUAAGUUUAAGAUUAACGACUAAACGAUAAGACUGCAGUUUUUAAGCUCUUAAUGGCCAAUACUGUUGGUCAUGAAAGGGCAUUGUCACUGUUUUCAAGAAAUAGCAUAUAAUGCAAUACAGAGCUGAGCUCUGAUUUAUACUGAUGAAAUGCAAAGUAUUCCUGUAAGAUGUAGAAAAAAGACUGGUCCAACUUGAGAUAUUUACUGGGAUCUGGUCUACAAUGAACUGGCUGUUCCUUCUGAACACAUUCAUUUAUUAGAACUUUUAUUAUUGGGUUGGUUUUGGUCUGUUUUUUUUUUUUUCAGUCAUGGGAUGAAUGAGUGUAAACCAACUAUUUUUAUUCUGUGUUGAAUUAAUUGAGUAUUUUAAUAAAAACGACAAAAAAAUCUCA